GGGUUAUACAGAAAUAUGAAAUACCAUGGAGCUUUUGUGUGCAGACAAGGUGCGAAUGGCCAGUUUGACAUUAUGGGCACGAUGCUAGUUCGUGGACAUCAGUACCGCUUGUGGCCAGCAGAUACGAACAGUGCCGGCAAAGCACAUAUCCACGUUAUGAGAAGCAUAGAGGAACCUGAAGGACGCGCAAUGGAUUACCUUAUCAGAAAUACUUCUAGGAUACUCAGUGAAGCGGACCCUAUCCCGAUCCCUCCUGUGGCAGGCAUCACACAGACAUACACAGUGGAACUUGUAAUACACACCGAUUUCAAAGAUUACACAAACUUCCAACAACGGUUUGGUAUAACGUCCGAAGCAGAAACGAUUGACAUGAUGUCUCUUUGGUAUUCAUCGAUUGCUGAAUUUAUAACGUUGACAUAUGGCACAGUCGUUGAGGAUGAUCCAGACAUAAACAUCCUUGUCAAGACUAUAGGUCUUGUCACAGCGAGGCUGAAUGGCGCAGACUAUGGGAAACAGCUCCAGAAAGGUCAUGUCAAGUGUUGUCCCAUCCUUAACCCACUGGUCAGGCCAUCUACCGCAGAACCAUCUGCCCUGAAGGUAGGCCCCAAAACCUAUGCUGCCUGCUGCAUCUUUGUAAAGCUGAAGUCUCCAAAUGAGUCUCCCUGGUCGGACAACAAUAUACGCACUGACGGAACACUCGACGCCUCGGCAGCAAUAAAUGCCUUCGUAAUCCAUAGUGCUACGCUGAUUAGUCAGGGUGCUGUUCCAGGGGGCGAUCACUCAAUGGCUUUUACAGGGCGCGACCUAUGGACGUCUUCAUCUGGCUCUCGCAACCUAGGUCUCGCCUAUGUUGAUGCUCUGUGUGGAUCGUUUUCUGUUUCCGUUAAUGAGAACCAGUUCGUCGGCUGGGAAAGCAAAAUUGCAGGACAUGAGCUUGGACAUAGCAUUGGAGCUCGCCACGAUAGCAGUGAGGGAUGUGCGGAUAACGAUUUCUUUGUAAUGGCCGCUUUUGUUGUCAUGCCCAACCAAAUACCUGAUUCGUUGCUGGAUAACCUGUUUCGAUUUUCACCAUGCAGUAUAGCCAAGUUCAGGAGCACACUAUUGGCAGCUGCAUGUACUCUUCAAGAUUCAAAUAUCCCCAACAUAGACCGUGGACCAUCUGGGCAGAUCUUCGACGCUGAUGCACAGUGUCGGUCGUUCAUGGGAUUAAGUUCAAGGUUUUGCAGGGAGGAAACAUCUCGGCGCCAGAAUUGUUUUGCAAGCAUGUGUUCCUCUCUCCUGUGCUUUAAUCCGGCUUCACCAUCACAGUGUCGGGAGUUCUUUCCUUUUGCCAGAACCUCCUGUGGCAGUGGAAAGUGGUGUGAAGCUGGACGAUGUGUAGCAAACAGCAAUGCCCCGACUACUGUUGAGGGAUGCCCUCAAGGAGAUGAUCCAAGUGUUGCAUGUCAAGCCUCUCUGUGCCCUUCUUUCAACCCUGUCUUAAGGGAUAUCCUAUGUUGCCAGACCUGUAAUGAACCAUAUAUAUGCCCAUUUACAACACCUACCACAACGUCUACAACCACCACCCCGUCAACCACAACCACCACCCCGACAACCACAAUUACAACUAUUACAACUACAACACCAACCACUACUACAAGUACCACAACCACAACCCCAACAACCACCACUACAACUAUUACAACUACAACACCAACCACUACUACAAGUACCACAACCCCAACCCCAACAACCACCACUACAACUAUUACAACUACAACACCAACCACUACUACAAGUACUACAACUCAAACAACCACCACUACAACUAUUACAACAACUCCAACCACUACUACAAGUACCACAACCCCAACCACAACCUCUACCACCACUAUAACUACCACUACCUUUACCACAACCCCUACACCCACCACCCAUACCACAACCUUUUCUACAACAACAACAACCAUACCAACAACGCCUGAUACGGUUAUUGAAAUUCCCAACAUACCUAUCAGAUUGUCCAAGUGUAAGCGGAAGUUUGGGCGAUAA